AUGACUGAGGAGGGCCCCGAGGGCUGCGAUGCACACCUCGUGGGAAGCAGGGCAUCCAAGCAGGACAGUGUGCAAGAUUCCCGAGGAGUGCAGGCCCUUCCUUUGAAUGUUGCCUUUGCAGAAAACUACGAAUUGAAUGUUACUGGAACAGGCUUUAAUAACGCAAGGAACAAAAACGAAGUUAUCUGUAGAUUCAUCUUCAGCGAAAAUAAAUUCUUCGAUAAAAAAGCCGCCUCUGUGGAGGACACCACCAUGAUGUGCCCGGGAGAAACGAUAGAUAAUCCAGAUCAGGUGGUCUUCAUUGAAGUUAGCCUGAAUAAUGGCAUCAACUUCAUCAGCAACGGUGCUAACAUCACCAGCAAGAACUGUGUGAGUGCCAGG